GGGAAGAGAGAGAGAGAGAGCGCUGCAGCACAGUACUCACUUCUCAUGAAAAAGGAUUCAGGUCUACAGAUACAUCGCUAUUUUCUCACCUACAUCGUCCGUAAGGAAACGGUGGCCAUUCAGCCGGAUCCACGCGCCCAGCACCAAUGCCUUGCUACGUGUAUAUGUAUAAAUAGGGCAGGCGCGCUCUCCCUCACACUUGUGUGUGUGUGUCUAUUUGUGUGCACUCACUCUAUCUCUCAGUAUACAUCCAUACACGUAUAGGACGCAGUGAAACCUCUGGAUUUAUUUAUUGUUUUCCUUUUAUAUGAAGGUGCCCAUUUUAUUCCAAGGAAUUCUACUCCAUGUUCAGCGUUGGAUCUCUGGCUUUUUGGUAAUCGGGACCUGAAGUGUCUGCUGCACCUUGCGCAAUUUUCCUUUUCGCCUCGUCUCUCGGAGCGCUGGAGACGGGCUGCACGAACGAGAAGCUGUGUCCUCUUCACUAAUCUGCUCAUUAUCUUUUGGCGUUCUUUUCGGUGUUUUAAAACCGUUUCGCUCACUGAUGUUUGAACUGUAGAAAAAAAAAAGUCGCAUUGGUGAUUUACAGAUUGACGCGGAUCGGGAAAUUAUUAAUAUUAUUUAGAAUUUUUUUCCACAGUACUUUUGGAUAUUUAUCGUCUACUUAAAGCAACACGACUCCUUUUCACCUGCGAAGAAGGCAACAGCUCUGGAAUUGAUACUAUAAAGUUUUUGUUUUUUUUUUAUGCUUAACUUUUUACCUUUCGUUCUAUUUGCCAUUUUCUCAACCUUUUAAUCUUCCGUCUACACUCUGAAGGAAAUUAUAUUACAACUUUUCCACCCCUCUUGGUGGACUGGGAGUUUCAUUGUGGCUCAAGAUGGGUAUUUGUGGCUAUUUAGUGCUAUCCUGGAAGUGCCUGGUUGUGCUGUCUCUCAGGCUGCUGUUUCUUGUACCCGCAGGAGUGCCGGUGCGAAGCGGGGACUCUCCCUUCCCCAAAGCCAUGGACAACGUCACGGUCAGACAAGGAGAAAAUGCUGUCCUCAGGUGUAGGUUGGACAACAAAGUAACACGGGUGGCCUGGCUGAACCGAUCCAGUAUACUGUUUGCUGGCACUGACAAGUGGUCAAUAGACUCACGUGUGAUCCUCUUGAACACCAGCACCACGGAAUACAGCAUUCAGAUCAAAGAUGUGGAUAUUUACGACGAAGGACCCUAUAUUUGCUCUGUGCUUUCAAACAACAACCCCAAGGGAUCUCGGGUACAUCUCAUCGUUCAAGUUCCCUCAAAGAUUGUCAACAUCUCCAGUGACAUCACAGUGAAUGAAGGAAGCAGCAUCACUCUGAUGUGUCUCGCUUUUGGUCGACCAGAGCCAAUGGUGACAUGGAGGCAUCUUGCACCAAGGGCUCACCAGUUUCAAAGUGAUGGAGAAUAUCUGGAGAUUACAGAAAUUUCAAAGAACCAGUCAGGAAUAUACGAAUGCAGCGCCAGCAAUGACGUCUCUAAACCAGAUGUCAGGAAAGUACAAGUAACAGUAAAUUAUCCGCCAGUCAUCUCCAAUACAAGUAACACAGGCGUGCCUGUUGGUCAGAAGGGAAUCCUACAGUGUGAAGCUUCAGCGGUGCCAUUAGCAGAGUUUGAAUGGUACAAAGAAGAUCGAAGGCUCUUCAACGGACUCAACGGAGUCAGGAUUGAGAGCAAAGGCAAGCAAUCCAAGCUCACCUUUUUCAACGUCUCUGAGGAGGAUUACGGCAAUUACACCUGCGUAGCAAUGAACAAGCUGGGCAACACAAAUGCUAGCAUCAUCCUGUACAGUCCUGGAGCAGUUCGUGACACCAGCAACACUGUGGCCUCUCCUUUACGUGGCUCAUUCUGCCUACUGUUGACUAUCAUUUUGCAAAAGCUUCUCAUGUUUUGAUGCAGCACUGCUCUCCUCCCAGCAUCCUCAACAUCCCAGUGCCGCAGACUUCUAGCUCUCUACACAAAGGCGGAAUAGCAGCAUUAAAGACGGUUGCAUUUUAAUAAAAAGACAAGCAGGGAAAUUGAGAAGAAGGGCAACUUGGGGUCUCAAAGUAGUUAGCCUUCAGCUUAAUUUUGUAAAAAAGUGGCAAAAUGGGGAAAGGGGAGGGGGAGGGCAAUGGGAAGGGGGGCACUGAGGAAUGAAAUCAAAAAGAAAAUCACACUUCUAGUGUUACAGUAAGUGGAUUUGUUCAUAUUUAUGAUUUCAUCACUGAUUUGUCUUUUUUAUUAUUUUGGUUUUCUUGUGUCAAAAAAGUGAUAGUAGCAAAAAAAAAAAAUAAUAAUAAUUAAAAAAAAAUUUAAAGAGCACUACUGCUGUAGCUUAAUAAAAAUGUUUUGCCUGUGUGAAAAGUGGUAUCAGUAGGCGAUGGAAUAUCCAUGACAAAAAAAAUAUAUCAGAAUUCACCUCUGCUCUCUCGCUUUUUCUCUUUCUCACUCAUUUUAUCGGUUUCAACAACAAUCUAUCAGCCAUUGUAAUAAGCAACUAAUUCUGUAAAAAGAUGUAUUUGUGGUCUCUAAAAACCAAAAAUAACAUUGGAUUUGUUAAUGAAAAUAAAUAAAUAAAGGUACUGUUAUCCCAAGUGUUGUGUAAGAAAUAGUUAGGAGAAACCUGUCAUUUUCAUCCUCUUCUCUUUGUCCCAGAUUCUACCCUUUGGUGUAUCACAGUUGUUCCUACGUUCUUCUGAAGAGGGGCUUGCCAGGCUGUAGGAUGUGCUCAGGGUCACACGGCAAAUCAGCAGUUUCACCAUCUAGCACUUUUGACACCCCAGCCCACACUGUCUUAACAAAGCUCCACUUCUCUUUGCUAAUCAUCUACUCCCAGCGUUUAGUAUUCUGGCCAUUUUGGAGUCGGCAUUAGGUCUGUCUUAGUGACCCCCACAUUCAAGAUGGAGAUGUCCUAAAGAGCUUUUGUGCUUUGGAAGUGCCAAUAUUGGACCUUUAACAUUGCACUUACAACUCGUGUGAAAACGUAACGUCACAUUUGGCUGAAAGCGUCAGUCCUGAAGGAGGUCGUUCAUCCUGACUGUCAACACUGCCCUGUACAAUUAUUAGUGUGUGUGUGUGGAGAAUGGAGAACGGCUGAUGACUUCUCUCGCCCAAGUCCUCUCCAGAGGAAAAUGUGGGACCCCAACUAGGCCUUGUGUUGAAAUGUCAGUCCUUGAGGGGCUAAUCCAUCAUUACCGUCCACACUGCCGUGUCCCUCCCUUUGUCCUAUGUAUAUGUGUGCUGUAUCUGCCUUUUUAAAGUUUAAAUUGUGUUCGUCCCUAUGCUGAUCCCUCUGUCUAAUCCACAGAGAGCUAGAGUAGUGGACUUCAGGCAUUUUAGUUAAAACCAGUGGCCCUGUUCUUGUCCAGCUGAUACUCCAUUCCAAACGGCGGGGCUCAGGUCCGUGGUCACUUAGUUGUGCCCAUUCUGCUGGCGUCUUUCACAAUUACUGUAGGCUGGCCUAAGGGUUGGUGCCUAAUGGUGGUGUGAGGGGGUGUUGCUGUUGUAUCCAAUAGGGGCACCUGCUCCCCGGGAAGGUCUUCAUUUAGAAUUGCAGCUAGCUGGUGACAGAGACGCCAAGUUCCUUUACAUUCAUUGACUAUUUAUAACUAAACCAGCUGGACUACAACAGCCAACUUCUCAGCUUGGCAGUCACUGACCAAUCAAUAAUGCUCAUAAUGUGUGUCCAUUAGAGAGGAUCAUUGUUCGCUGGCAGUCAUCAUGUCUUCUGUGUGAGAUGAAUCAAUUGUCCCCAUGUCAGUGUGAGCAUGAAUGGGCUGAGCAUCCUGUCCACAGUUUGUUUCCUGCUUGCACUGGACACUGCUGGGAGAGGACUGUGAAACGAAUUGAGGAGGUUUGACAAAAGUAUGUUAUGUGUCUGUCUUGUCAGUGCUUAUGUUAACAGGAUGGACAGCUUCCUCACUUAUGAAAUGGCUGCUCAUCAAUGACCUCUAAGACAACAGCAUGUUUAAAUGCUGAGUGCUUACCAGGGCCUCCAAAACAGAUCUGCUUUCAAAAGUGCAUACUAGUCAGUUAGCAUUUUUACUAGAGAUGGUUAGCAAAGAAGUGGACCCCCCAUGUUGGACAGAUUGGCAGCUCAGUGACAAUUCCAGUUAACUGAAUGGGAUGUUCAAAUUCACCUCACGAGGGAAACGCUAACAAUGGACCUGGAGAUGUCAAAGCUGGCGUGAUCCUAGAGAGAUACUCAGCUGUUCUUCCCAGGUUACUGACUAUGUCUGAGUGAAGCUAUAGUUGCUCACGCCAAUUCACCUUGUGUUUCUUCUACUUGUUGUCAUGUAUUAGUGGUCCCCUAACCAUACGCUCUGCCCUCCAAGCAUUCAAAGCAUCUCUCCGAGUCAAAGUUGCCAUUAUUCCACGUCCAGACAGAAAUGUCAAAGGUGACAUUGGGAUAAGACUUUGCUUCUCAGUUCAGACUCGCCAGUACUGGACAUGGUCUCCUUCUCUCUACUCCUUUUCUGUCUCAAGAGGCUCCUAAAGUCACUUAUCCCAAAUGAACACCUUUUGUGUCUCUAAGACUCUUCCCCAUCCCAAAUCCCACACUUCCUGAAAUCACCUCCUCCAGUGGCUCACCACAUGACCCCAAUUCGUCCCACCCAGUGUGCCCCCAGGUCAAGUACUCUAGUUCAGACAAUGGUAUCUAAUGUGUCUCUAAGUGUGUGCUCUGAAUCCCACUUUAUCCUCGUAGUACAAACCUGGUGUGUUCAUGACUCCCAGUGGUCCCCAAGUCAACUCCGACUCUUAAAGGAUUUAAGCCCCCCCCACAAAUGUGUCCCCAGGUCAGCUCAUAUAGUUCAGCAAAUGGCUCCCAAUGUGUGUCUCCAUAGUAGCCUCUCCUAGUUAAGUCAGUGACUCCCAUUUUGUCCCAAGGUUACCCUGUGUAAUUGAAACAGUGGCUCCCAAAUUGUCCCAAAUCACAUUUAAGUGUUUAGCCAUUUAAGAAACAGAGGAAGAAUGUUUUAUUUAUAUCACACCUUACCCAAAGUGUCUACAUAUCAUAUUCACUUAAAGAUAAUAAAAAAAGAGUAAAUGAAAAAUUCAAGAUAACAAUGUUUAUAAAAUAUAAACACAAUCCAGAAUGUAUAAAAUACAAAACAAAAUCUAAAGGUACCAUGCUUAAUUCAUGGGCUGACUCCCAAAGUGUCCCCAGGUCACCUACUCCAGUUCAGACAAUGGCUCCAAGCCCAGAAUUACUCUCACCGUGUCCCCAGGUCCUCUUGCCUAUUUUAGACCCUGAUUCUCAGUGUGUCCCCCAUGCUCCCUUAUUAUCUAUUUUAGAACUUGAUUCCCAAAAUGCCUCGGGACCCUUCACCCAGUUUAGACCCUGACUCUCAAUGUGUCCCCAUGUUUCCUUCACUAGUUCAAAGCCUGAUUCCUAAUGUGUCCCCAGAUCCCUUCUCCUCCUUUAGUCCCCAAUUCUCAGUGUGUCCUCAGGUACCCUUAUCUACUUUAGAACUUAAUACCCAACAUGCCCCCAAGACCCUUCACCCAGUAUACAUCUUGAUUUUCAGCAAGU